AUGGCUGCAGCCAAGACCGAGAUGAUCCUCCCUGCCCUGCAGAUCUCUGAGCCUCUGAGCUUCCCUCACUCCCCCAUGGAUAACUACCCCAAACUGGAGGAGGUGAUGAUGCGCAGCGCUGCGGGAACCCCCUUCCUCGCUGCCUCCGCACCCGAGGGUGCAGGCUUCGGUUCCGGGGAACCAGGGGAGCAGUACGACCACCUUCCUGGAGAUACGUUAUCCGAUAUCGCCUUCUCCUGUGAGAAAUCCGUUGGGGAGCAGACGUACUCCACCCAGAGGCUACCCCCCAUGUCCUACACCGGCUGCUUCACCCUUGAACCCGCCACCACAUGCAGCAACAGCCUCUGGGCGGAGCCCAUCCUGGGCCUUUUCACUGGCCUAAUGGGCAACAUUGCUCCCAGCUCCAGCUCUUCCUCAGUUUCCUCACAGACGUCUUCGUCUUGCUCGUCAACCAUCCCCUCCUCCUCCACGUCUUCCUGCUCAACCUCCUCCUCGUCGCAGAGCUCCAGCCUCAACACCUCAAUCCACCACAGUGAGCCCAACCCCAUCUACUCAGCUGCCCCGACAUACCCCAGCCCCAACUCUGACAUCUUCCCAGAUCAGAGCCAGGGUUUCGCCAACUCUGCUGGAUCGGUGCAGUACCCACCCCCGGCAUACCCCAACGGCAAGACAAGCUUCCCUGUGCCCAUGAUUCCUGACUACCUCUUCCCUCAGCAGCAGGGAGAGAUCAGCUUGGUGCCCCCAGACCAAAAGCCCUUCCAGAGUCAGUCCAACCAGCCGUCGCUCACUCCUCUGUCCACCAUCAAGGCCUUUGCCACUCAGACGGGUUCCCAGGACUUAAAAAACGUCUACCAUUCACAGCUGAUAAAGCCCAGCCGCAUGCGCAAGUACCCAACGCGGCCAAGCAAGACGCCGCCACACGAAAGGCCCUACGCUUGUCCCGUGGAGACCUGCGACCGUCGCUUUUCGCGCUCCGACGAGCUGACGCGUCACAUCCGCAUCCACACCGGUCAGAAGCCCUUCCAGUGCCGCAUCUGCAUGCGAAACUUCAGCCGCAGCGACCACCUGACAACACACAUCCGCACCCACACGGGGGAGAAGCCCUUCGCCUGCGAGAUCUGCGGACGCAAGUUUGCCCGCAGCGACGAGAGAAAGAGGCACACGAAGAUCCACCUGAGGCAGAAGGACAAGAAGGCGGAGAAGGCUGGGGCUGCGGUGGCAACGUCAGCGCCGGCAUCUUCUGCCUCACCCGCCUCCAGCUACCCCUCUCCCAUCACUUCCUACCCUUCUCCGGUGUCUUCUUACUCCUCUCCAGUCACCUCCUGCUACUCCUCUCCCGUCCACACUUCCUACCCCUCCCCGUCUGUCGCCACCACCUACCCAUCGGCGUCCAUGUCCACCACCUUCCAGUCCCAAGUCACCAGCUCCUUCCCGUCUUCUGUUGUAUCCAACAUCUACAGCUCUCCAGUGGCCACCCCACUCUCAGACAUGCAGACCACCCUCUCCCCAAGGACAAUCGAGAUCUGCUAAAAAAAAAAAAGAGAGAGAGAAAAGCAGCAGAGGAAAAAACUUUUUGUACUCUCAAUACACUUCUCCUUCUGCAAGGUUUUCAUUUUAGAGGGGAAGCACAUCAGCAUCAAAAGGACUUAGUUUCCCUCCUCCUAAAAGCACUUUUCCCCACUCCUGUGUGCAGUGCGGGCGAAUCUUGAGAUUUGCCUGAAAGAACGAAAAGAGAGACAUGUCAAGGAGCGGGCAAGGACAGAACAAGAUGUAAAAGGGAUUUUAUACUGUCUCAACAAAUGCAGCCCUUCAAAUGCAUACAGGACUCCAGAGACAAACAGAAAACGGCUCCAGCGGGUUUUGUGCUAUCAGGUACCCAAAAAAAACAAAACUAAACAAAACAAAAAAAAAAACCCAAAACAAGAGACAGACAUAUUCCUCAGGGACGUUCGUCCUUGAGGCAUUCAAACAAAAGACAAUGAAUGAUAUACAUAAGCUAACAUAUAUGUAUAUUGUACAUGUGCCAUGUUUUGUUUCUAUCAUUUCUCGGUACCACUGAUGUGAACAAUUAUUUGCAUAUUUGCAUUGCAUUAUUUGAAGUGAGCAGGGCCAUAUUUUCUACAUACUUUCUCUAUUAUGUAGUGAUGAUGCUGUGAUAUGUUUUGACAUUGUUUGAGAUAAAAAAAAAAAAAAAAGAAGCACUUAAGUAUUCGAGCAUGAGUAAGAGUGACGUUAGUUUCUGUUGUAAAUAUCAUCCACUGGUACUAUCUCUUUCUCACGUGUGACAUAUCGCUUGGUUAUAUUGAAAAACAAAGAAAUUACAAAAAAAAAAAAAAAAAUUGGGAAAAAAAAACAAAACAAAACUAAACAAGACAAACGCUCCUGUUAUUCGGUGCCUUUCGUGAAGCCUUGCAGAUUUUGAGACUCGGCUGAGCGCGAGAGUGGAUGCACUGCAUCUCGCCUUAAGGUCGAGGGAAUAUUUUUGUUACAGAAUGUACGCACUCAGAGAGAGAGAGAAAUAAAAAGGGACGAGCCAUGAGGGCACCGCUUCAUUUUAUCAGAAUGUAAGCAAAAAAAACAAAAAGGAUAAAAAAAUUAUAAAGUAUAUUUUUGUAAGUGUAAAUAUCCACAUCUUCAAGAGCUGGAAUGUCGAAGUUACCUACUGAGUAGGCAUGGGAUUUUUUUGUAUGUUAUAUACAUGCAGUUCAUUAUUUUGUGGUUAUCUUUAUUUUGUAUUUGUGUUUGUUAAAACAAGUGACUGUUUCUGGCUUCUAAACACAUUGAAUGCGCUUAACUGCCAAUGGGAUAUUUGGUGUACAAGAUAUCCUCCCAGAAAUGAAAUAUAAAUAAAUAAAAAUAUGAAUAUA